UUAGAUAUAAAUAAGUAACGACAGCUAGAUUUGUAUUCAUUUGCAAGUGGUGUCGCAAUUGUCAAAAUGAAGGCAGUGCUACUUUUAGUAGGCGUUCUUGCAUAUUGCUCGGCAACCCCAGUUAAACUAAGUAGUGAAGCUGUAAUUAAAUAUGUCAACGAUCCCAGAUAUAUAGUUCAUGAGACUGAAGACGGCCUUUUUGAAGUUGAAGAACUUACUGGUCCUGUUCCACAAGUUACCGCUACCGAAGAUGAUGUAACUUUUUACUUCUUCACCCAAUCGAAUAGAAAUGGUGUACAAAUCAAGGAGAGUCAGCUCAGAGAUAUUGUUCGCCUUACUGGUUUCAAUGUCAACAGAGAAACCUUAGUGGUCAUCCACGGAUGGCAAAACGAUCACACAUCCGCCGUCAAUGAUCAUAUAAAAAAUGCAGCCUUGCAGGGCCACAACAUCAAUGUCAUUGUAGUUGACUGGAGUCGAAUUGCAGCACGUUCAUACAGUAUAGCUCAAGGCUCUGUUCUCGCAGUAGGAAACUAUAUUGGAGACUUUUUGCUCAGACUGGAUAACGAACUUGGACACAGACUGCAAAGAGUGUCGAUCGUUGGGCACUCCUUGGGAGCCCACAUUUCUGGAAAUACUGGAGCCAGAACCGGAGGAUUAAUAGAAAACAUCAUUGGAUUGGACCCCGCAGGACCAUACUUUACUGAAAGCAACAUAAACAAUCGUUUGGACCCCACCGAUGCCCGUUUCGUUCAAGUCAUCCACACCAAUGACGGACGUUUAGGAUUUGGAAUUAAAAUGGGACAUGCUGAUUACUACCCUAAUGGUGGAAGAUCGCAGCCAGGAUGUGGAAUUGACUUAGCUGGAAGUUGCGCCCAUAGCAGAGCCUACGAAUUUUACGCAGAAAGUUUAAACAACAAUAACUUCAUCUCUAGAUUGUGCUCAAGUUACUCCGACUUCACUGCUAAUAGAUGCAGUUCCAACAGAGCCAGUUUCUUAGGAAGUUUCCCAAUUGAUAAACCGACUACUGGAGACUACUUCCUCGUCACCAACAACAAUUCCCCAUAUGCUAGAGGCUAAACGAUGAAAUCAAGUGAUUGGCUUCGUAUAAUCUAUUGUAUAAACGAGAUAUAAAUAUAAAUAUGCAUAAUCUACCUGUAUAGUGUUUAUAUUUGAUAAAUAAAUAUUUCUUGGAAUAAAUAUAUGUUGUUUGAUAAAAAA